AUGACAACCUAUGGCGCCGGUGUUCCUCUCUCCUACGAAACGCCCCAGUUCCCGGCCCUCUACUGGCCCGUCCGCGCCACCCCUGGCGAAGCAAAAUACCUGUACUUCCUCGGCGACAUCUACCGGUACACGUUGUACUGGACGCUCAUAACCUUUGUCGCCGCGCACGCCUGUGUGGCAACUUGGGCGGUGUUGAUGCAAUUCGCUUCCGCUACACAGCGAAGAAAAUACCUCAACUCCUCGCAGGGACGAGAACUUAGUGCGAAGAACAGGAAAUUGUUGGGCGAGAACCCAAUUGGAGAGACAUUGAGCUGGGUCUGGAUUGUUCCCGUGGUCUAUAUCGUUAUUGGGGCAAGUGAGGCGCUUCUGGCAGGGAGUUUGGUCGGGCUGGUACUUGGAGCGGUCUACAAUGCAGGUUAUUUCAGGAUGAGUACUUGGACACCUUUGUUGUGGGGAGUCAUCAACAUGCUCGUGCUGGUCGUCAGCAGUUUUAGGAUUCAAGGCGGUCUAUGA